CCUACAUCAUGGCCGCCCCAUCCCUGUUCGAACCCCUCCAAGUUGGUGACUACACGCUCAGCCAUCGCGUGGUCCUGGCACCGCUUACACGCUACCGCGCCAGCGCUGUCGAAGGCGACGAAGAAAGCGUCCCUACCGACAUCAUGGCCAAGUACUAUGGCCAGCGUGCGUCGCACGGCGGCUUGCUCAUUUCCGAAGCGUCUCCGAUCGCUCCGGAAGGUCGACCGAGCAUCCUGGCGCCGUCCAUUUACACAUCGCUGCAUGCUGCCCGCUGGAAGCCUGUCACCGACGCGGUGCACGCGAAGGGUGGGUUUAUCUUUUUGCAAUUGUGGCACGUGGGUGCGUGGUCGCACUCUGGCUUGGACACGAAGGGCCGCCCACCGGCGUCAUCAGCCGUCUUCAACAUGGAGCCUGGGACGUCUCUAUUCAACACGCGCGAUGGUCUCAAGCCGCGCGAUCCGCAGACGCGCAUCCUAACAACGGACGAGAUCCCCGAACUCAUUCAACAGUACGUCCGCGCGGCCAAGUUGGCGAUCGAAGCUGGGUUCGACGGAGUCGAAAUCCACGGCGCGAACGGAUACAUCUUGGAUCAAUUCAUCAGCGACCACAUCAACUCCCAACGCACAGAUCAAUACGGCGGUUCGCUCGAAAACAGACUGCGAUUGCCCGUAGAGAUCGCGACGGCCGUCGCCGACGCCAUCGGCGCGGGUCGCACCGGGAUUCGAUUCAGCCCGUUUGUGUCGAUUCAAGGCAAGCAGGACAGCAACCCGAUCCUCACGUGGACGACGCUACUCAAGAUGUUGAACCCGCUCCAUUUGGCGUACGUACACUUGGUCGAGCCUCGACUUCCUGGCAGCUGGGAUCGUGUCCCGAACCCGGAAGAGCUCAACUUGAAGCCAUUUCGUGAAGCAUACGACGGUGUGUUAAUUGUUGCAGGGGGUCAUUCCGCCGACACCGCGGAGGCGGCUGUCAAGAACGGCGACGCAGACCUCGUGGCAUUCGGGCGCAGCUUCAUUUCCAACCCAGAUUUGCCCAGCCGCAUUCAACACGGCCAUCCUUUCUCCCCGUACGACCGCUCGACGUUUUACACACCAGGUGAAGUUGGCUACACCGACUACAAGACGUGGGAAGAGCUCGACGGGGAAAAGCACAGCGCGGCUGCGACGGACGAUGUCGGCCCUUAAUUCGAAGAAAAUUGAAGGUGAUUUUGCUGUUGGAGUCUGGUACUAGAUCAAGCCACCUGCCGAAUGUAGAAGGACAAGUCAAGGGCGUUGUCGUCCCGACAUCCACUAACAUCGCAGCUUGUACUCACCGCUACCCGCGACUGCAUGCAUGAGGCGCGCGAUUCAUUGAGCAUGCAUGUGCUUUCGUGCGGCUCCGAGGUUCGCGCGGCCUUUUCCUUCACAGCUCUGAUGUGUCCACAAGUUUGUAAUCACGCUCCGAGGGUUCGACAUGUAUGUUAGCGCCUAUCUGCUCAGGAUGUAUGCGAGAAUUUCCAGCAUCUAUUUUUU